AUGGUAGCGCCUCAGAUAUUUCAGCUGUCAGUGGCAUCUGCAUUCGAUAACCUGGAUCGACAACAAAAGCUAUAUGCUCAUUACAUGUUUAAAGCAGCAUGGAGUGGCUCACGCAUCAUCUUCCGGCAAGUAUCUCCGGAAGCCAAUUCCAUAUUUGAUUUUAUUAUGGCCCUCUAUAGAAGCUGCGAUGGUGACUGGGAGCACCUCGCUAGGAGGGAGAACCUUGAUGUAUGUGAGGUGCAGCCGUUUCUUGACUACGCUGUGACAUUUCUGUCCAAUAUGGGGAACUACUAUGGUUCUGGUGACCAAAAGUUUACCCCUGAUAUUUCUAAAGGCAAGCUUGCAAGGUCUGCUGCCUCUGCUGCCUCACGUGCCGCUACUCUUUGGGAACAGAUUAAGGAUCCAAUGUUUUUGAUCCCGCUAUUUGGUCUGGGGCUUCCAUAA